AUGACAGAAAGUUUUUUAACCACAGAUAUUAUUGUUAUUAUUGCUCUAGUGGUUGUAUUAGUCCUACUCGGUGUUGGUGCAUUUCUUGUUCAUUUUUAUUGGACAAAAAUUGGUGUAUCUGAAAUUUGGAAUACAGCUAAAUGGAGUUCAAUGCGCAGUUCAUUAUAUCAUACAAUACGUCGUAUUAGUCGAGGAAAUACUAGUAAAGUUGCUUCUGAACGACCUUAUUCUGGUAUAUCCAUAUAUUCAGAUGAUAUCGAUGGUGUUGUAUCAUCAGAACCACCACAAGAGAAAAAAUUGAGUCCUAUUAUAACUACUUAUGUUACAUCUCAAAAUAAUUCUUCUUCAAAUCGAAGAUUAGAAAAGUUACCGUCAACAAUAACACAUAAAAAUCCAAUAGAUCAAAACUAUGCAACAAAAAUUGGUCAACCUAUUGAAAAUACAAUUAUUUAUAAUAUUCAUGAACAUAAUAAUGUAUACAAUGAUCCAUCUACUUUGAUACAAAAACAACGUUUCUAA